AUGCUUUUCGCUCUUCUUACCCUUGUGUGCUGUGCUUUUGUCACCGCUCUCCCCGGAGAACACGGUCCUGAAAAGUGGGGUGAGCCUAAGGGUGGGAAUGGGAAUGGGAAUAAGAUUAUUAACGGUGGCGAUGGUGGUGGGAUUGAUAUUGGGAUUGGGGGUGGGGGUGGUGGUGGUGGCGGUUGCGACCCAGUCGCUUGUGACAUCAAGUGUCGAAAAUUGGGUGACCAAUCCGGUUACUGCGACGAUAGUGAUAGAUCUACCGGUUUACUUGGACUUGAUAUCCUUGGACAAACUAUGCCCCACGACCACGACCACGACCACGGCCACAACCACAACCACCGCUACUGCUUGCCCUACUGUCGCAUGCUUCUGCUGCACCCAACAAACUCAACUGGGUAA